AUGAGUAUGUUAGCAGAGUCUCGCAAAAAAGUGAAAUAUUCUACAAAUCCACGUGGGACAAAUUGGUCCAAGGAUGAGGAUAAAUUUGGUCAAAAACUUAUGGAAAAAUUUGGUUGGCAGAAAGGCAAGGGUCUUGGUGCUAAUGAAGAUGGUCGUGUGGAACAUGUGAAAGCCAGUGCAAAGAAUGAUACAAAAGGGUUUGGUUUUAAAAAAACGAACAAUGAUAACUGGAUAUGUCACCAGGAUGAUUUUAAUUCUCUGCUCAAAAACCUGAACGCAAGCCAUGGCAGACCUGACCAAGAAAAUGAUGAAAAGGUCAUUAGCUUGGAAGAGAAAUCUAAAGCUGCUAAAAAACGAGUUCAUUAUCACAAGCAGACAAAAGGGAAAGAUCUAUCACAACAAAGUACUGAAGAUUUAGACUGUAUUUUUGGUCGGAAGAAAUCAAAGAUACCACAAGAGAAAAAAGAAGUUUUGCCAAAUGUUGAAGAAACAAAAGAUGCUCCUGAUGAGAACACCCAUGGAAUACAAACCAUUCAAAGCAGCCAAAGUGUUCAGGAAUAUUUUGCUAUGAAGCUUUCCCAAAUGAAGGCUAAGAAAAGAGAAUCACUGUUGGCUGAGGUUUCUCAGAAAGAGAAAGUUGAAGCUGAACCUGCCAAGGUUCCUGCACCAGAGGAAACCUAUACAUACAUGUUUCUUUCAUUUCUAUCUAUGUAUCUAAUUCUAUUCCCUAACUCUAUCUCUAUCUAUCUAUCUAAUUCUGUUCCCUAA